CGGUUUAUUGCCAUAGCAACGGGUUUUGGGCAAGAUGGCGGACGUGGAUACUUUGAGUUCCUACAUGAAAUAUCAUAUCGUCCGUGGAACUCCAUCGCCACUACCCAGACCUUAUCUACCAGCUUUACCUCCACACAAAUCAACUAAACCGUCUUAUUCCAGAUUUCUCGUGGAAGCGCCAUUUACAGCAUUGCAAGGGGUUGUCGCUGAUGCUAGAGAUCCACCAAAGCCUCCUCGUUUGCCCCGAAGUCGUAAUCGAAUUCAAGUCGGUAGCACGAACCGAUGGCGACUCCCCAGCUCACUCGGAAGUGAUCUGCUCGGCUCUAACCAGGCUCUGCGAGCUGCAACGAGUUCUUACAAUGACACCAUCAUGGGGGUUAUGACUGCUGACAGCCCCAUGAGCACUUGUAAUCAUGGCCAAUCACUGAUAUCCGUCAAGACGCAGCCUGCUCUGUCUACGACUGUCUGGAAACAUGCUACUGGACAGCGCCUCUUGAAGUCUCAGCCUUUUGUCUUUACCUAUUCACAAAUGCAGACAAAUGCUUUUGACAAACGAAGUCUUCACAGCAACUCUAAAGGACUGCAAGAAAAAGAUGUCUCCCUUCCUACUCCUAAGCAGAUGAAACAGAUUGAACAUCACAAGAACUUUGUACCGCCUGGAAAACGCUCACCAACACCCAUGGAAAUGUUUUUAUAUCGUUCACAGACUGCAAAUGCAUACAAGACACCAGAUGUGAUAUUACAUGCACUGGACACGACUUGGGAGCUGCAUAAACCAUAUCUUCAGAAAUCUUCAUUAUUAAGUGCAAUGCUGAGGAGGGCAGAUUUGAACAGCAUGCAGAAUAUUGACGAAGAGGAAGAAGAAGGCCAACGACUUGUGCCUGGUGGCCAGGGAGUGGAUUUGCAAGCUCUGAAGUCCGCUGAGUGUGAGGCCCUCGGCUCUCCUCCCACUAAGUCAGAUCUUACCCUCUGCCGCAGCUCCUCAAGUUUUUUGGACAAAGUGCUCACCCUUAAACUGCGCAUCAAGGAUCCACUUAUUACUAAACAAACAUUCGCGCGCACGCUGGCCGCCAUGUACGAGACGGAAGCUGAGAUGCGAGUCGAGGAGGCAGACGUAGUCGGUGUUCUUGCUGCUGCCCAUUUCUUGGGAUUCGCGUCUUUGGAGAGGGUGUGUGGCCAAGUCAUGCUGAAUGCGAUCGCGUCAUGGUCAGUCUGUGCGUUCCAUGCGACAGGCUCUAAGUAUAAACAGAUAGCUGUCGUUGACGCCUGUGAGAGAUGGCUCGAACUUAACCUCGUACCGCAGCUUUCCGUCCAAAUAUAUCUUAGUCACCUCCCGCAAGAACUACUAGAGAAAACACUAAAGUCAACGAGGCUAUUCACGUGGAAUGAGUACUCCCUGUAUAAACUUCUCUGUUACUGGAUAUUUUUACAGCAGCAUCCUAAUCUACAGAUUAUGCCUUCUUGGGGGACAGUUGUCACGUGGUUUAUGAGUUUGCCGAAGACGAGCUCGUUUCUUGAGAGAGAGGAGGGUUAUGGCUACAUCAGUCUGUUCAGAGCAGUUCGUAUAGAUGGCAUCACAGACAGCUCACAACUUGAUGAAGUUCUGAAGAUGAACGUUAUCCCACAAUCGUGGCUUUUGCGGGUGUACAGCCAACACUAUCACGCACUUCAGGGUGGAGGAGACAUGUCUCUCAUGACAAGGUUUGACCAAGGUGCGGUCAGAAUCGGAUUCGUUAUAGAGCAGCCGCUGCGACUGCAUUCUGAGAUUAUUUCUCUACAUGGUUUCUACUUCGAAGUAAAGGCCGUAAAGUCAGAAACAGGAGUUCCGGACUAUUCCUUCUUCAUCCAGAGAUUGAAGCCGAAUGACCCCGUGUUAUCAUUCAAGGCCUGCGAGCGACAAACGUUCUCUAUGCGCCAAGAUCGGGAGGUUCGAUAUUGUUUACGAGUUCAGUGGGUAGAUGGCGACGAGCAUAAACAGCACACAACAGGCCCUCAAAGCCAGGUGUUUGGAUUUAACGGAAAGAUGAGGCGAAGCGAGAGUUUCACGGUAGAUGCCGUCAUUGUCCCACUGUUCGUGACAGUACUUCUGAUGUUCCCACCAUCUUGACCACCACACAAAAUUAAUAAAAAAAAUACUAAUAUAUAAGCUGUGUUUGAAAAAUAUAAAAAUCCUGUCUUUUAAACAAAGACGUUGCGAAAGUGUGUAUAGUAAUGCAAAUACUUUAUAUGUGAUUCGAUGCCAUCGAGGCUUUCUAGAGAAUGAUGAAAAACGCAUGAUUCGCAUGGCAGGAACUUCAUGAAAACAAUGCACUGUAAAAAACAAAUAAAGAGAACUUCAUAUCGUA